AUGAUAAAAGAAAAAACAUCAAAAGAGUCUAGGAUAAUACCUCAACAAGAACUUUACUCUCGAUUCUCAUUCUUAUAUCAAGCAGCAAAUAUUUAUGCAACUCAUUCUAUCCUCAACCAAGAUAAAUAUAUCAAUAGUCACUCGGAACAGGCUCUGUCUAAAUUCUACAUCAAUACGGCUAAAAAAAUCGCACGAAAGGCUGUUUUAAAAAUAAACCCGUCAAUAAAACGUACUCUUUGUCGACGUUGUGAUACAAUUCUUUUACCUGGCAUUACUUCUUCUAUAAAAAUAGAAAACUUUUCAAAAAAGAAUAAAAAUAAAGCAGAUAUAUCAGUUAUUACAUGUAAUUUUUGCAAUACGCAAAAAAAAUAUCCCGUAUUAAAAAACAAAAUUUAA